AAUCUUCGUUUAUAACCUUAAAACAUAACAAAGCUUACUAAAGACAUUUUUUUCAUUUUAUUUACAAGCAGAAAAUCAAAUUUCACGUGGACAAAUCUCAGCCGUUAGUAUCCUUCUAAACAUUCUUACUCGCGACGUCGUUUCGAAUGAACGAUGAUACGUGUCAACAGUUUUAGUCCUCACCGUUGGAUUAUAUUCCACGUGGCAUUCAUCCUACAGAGCAAAGCCAAUGCUCAAUCAUUCUCACCGAGUCCGCCUGAGUUGCAGCAACCGGGUCAAACUCCGUCGAAGACCACCGUCUUCGCCGUUCUCGUCACCCUCUUCUUCUUCAUCGGAUUACUCUCCGUCUAUAUCCGCCAUUGCACUCGCCCUAACUCCGAAUACUCCACCAGAUAUUCUCGCCGCCGCGCUAACGACACCUGUUCACGGCGAGGCGGACUUGACGACGCCGUCGUCGAAAGCUUCCCUGUAUUCGCUUACUCCUCCGUCAAAGAAUCAAAACUUGGAUCCAACGAAUUGGAAUGUGCGAUUUGCCUCAACGAAUUAGAAGAUCGUGAAACGGUGCGAUUGCUUCCGAUUUGUAAUCAUCUCUUCCACAUCGAUUGCAUCGACGCUUGGCUUUACUCCCACGCAACUUGCCCUGUUUGCAGAUCUAAUCUCACGGCGAAGUCGGAUAACUCCGGUGGCGCGGUGAUAUUGAGAGACCAUGUCGUGAUUGACGUUGAGACCCUUGAGGCAACGAAGAGUCACCACCUCGUCGGUAAGUUUCCGAGAUCGAAUUCGACGGGUCAUUCAAUAGGUCAACUCGGUGACGGCGCUGAGAGGUUUACUCUGCGGUUGCCGGAUGAUGUGAAGAGGCGAAUAAUGGAGGUGAAAGGACGUAGGCUGAAACGAACGAGAAGCUUCGACGUUGAUUUGACGGCGGAAGGAGGGAGCGGUGAGGAAAGCAGUUACACGGUCGGGUCGGGUGGGAUGUUGGAUCGUUCGGGUUUGACUUUGUUCGUUUCGAAGUCAAACUCGAGUUCCGUUAGAUCACAGCAAUCUAACGGCGAACCGUUGAAAUGAGUCGACGUUAUGUUUUGUCGUCAGCCUUGUGUGUUGGGUUUGGAGUGGUAAAAACUGAAAAGUUACUUUUGUUAUACAGGAAAAGUCCAAAAGCUUGUUUAGCAGCUCGCUAAACAAGCAGUAGUAUUUAAUUUUCUCAAAUGAGUGUUGUUUCUAUUCAAAUGUUAGUAACGAAGAUAUUAUUAUUUGAGUCUUUAUGUCAUUUUUAUUGGGUUA